UCGCGUCUUUGUGACGUCACGCUAUUGAUUGUAAAAAGGAAGGAGAUCGUCUUUUGGAGACGCCAUCUUAAAAUAAAGUGAUAUAAGUUUUGGUAGCGUAGAUUAUAGUUAAAAUCUAAAGUAAUCUUCUUUAAGAAAUUAGCAAUCGAGCUUAGAUAAUUUUUAUUCCGUAAUACCAAGUGUAACGGACCAAGUUGGUGGUCGGAUCGAGGGUGACCUCCUGAUGGUGUGUACAUCGCAGCAUGUCUGCACUCUCGACGCCGGGCGGCGGAGGCACUACGGCGCAGAGCAAGCCGACGUCCGGCAAGCAAAGAUAUCAGAAGUUGGACAUCAAUAGCUUGUACUGCGCCAACCGGAACGAAAACUCAGAGCCGUCCUCAGUAAAAUCUCAACUAAGCCGUAAACAUGGAAUGCAAAGUCUUGGAAAAGUUCCUUCAGCAAGGCGCCCACCAGCCAACUUGCCUUCUUUAAAAACUGAAACUGGUCAAGAUCCUAACACAAACUCUAUAUCUGCGGUUGCUACAACUGUAUCUACAACCUCAACAUGCACCUCUCAGACUAUAUCUACAACAUCGAACAGCAGUGUGGUUGCUGGUGCUGGACCCGGCGGAUGGGUGGCACUCCCACCACCGUCAUCCCCACACUUCCGCACAGAGUUCCCCUCACUGGAGGCAGCUGCACAACCAUCACACCGCUCCACAGAACAUGCCGCACCACAACCACAAUUGAGACCACAAACGGAAGGCAGCUGGACGUGCGGUGGCACGGCGGGCGUCCGCCAGGAAGCCACGUCAGCCGCCGCCGCCGUGCCCGCCUCCGCACCUGCCUCACAACAAAGCCCCGCAUGUCUUCCAAGAUCAAUACUGCCAUCCUUCAUGAAAGGUAGCAGUGGUGGAGGGCUCGGGAUGGGCACGCUCGGCGCCCUGCGCGACAGCCGCGGCGGCGCGGGCGCGGGCGCGGCGCCCGCCACGCCGCGCGCCGUGGAGGUGCUCACCGCGCGCCCCAUCCUGCGCGACGACCAGAUCUCCUCGCUCGAUGACAUCUCCCGCGACGCCGGCUGGGCGCAGCAGGAUGACAUCGAUUAUGACCAGAAGCUGGACUUCUCUGACGGUGAGUCGUCGGCCCCGAAUAAGGGCGGUCCGAGGAGCGGUGGUAACCGCGCGAGUGUUGAAAGCGAACGUGCUGAUGUUAAACUUCACGAGCCCGGAGAUGAGGACCAACUUUGGGCCGAAAGGCGGCAAAAACAAAGUAAUGAAGUGGCUCAAGCCGUCGCUCGUGCCCGUCAACGCAAAGAAGAGGAACAGCGGAGACAGCAACGUGAUUCUUCUGCUCCCUUGCAAUCUAAGGACGGUCGCGACCGUAUGGACAGAGUCGGCGAUCGAGAUCGCAAUGAAAAUAGGGACAGAGAACAAGAUGGCAGAGAAAAGGACAGGGGCGACAAUAGAGACAGAGAUCGUACCGAUAAUAGGGAUCGCAUGGAUAUAAGAGACAAAGAGCGUAACGAUGUACGUGAUCGAGACAAGGAUCGAGUUGAAAAUAGAGAACGCGAUCGUAUGGAUAAUAGAGAUCGCUACGAUAAUCGUGACCGCGAUCGAGACGUAAGAGAUCGUGACCGUGACCGAGAACGUGAUCGCGAUCGCGAACGCGACCGUGAUCGCGAGCGUGAACGUGAUCGUGAAAGGGAACGCGAUCGCGAACGUGACAGAGCAGAUAAUAGAAAUCGUGUUGAAAACAGAGAUCGCGCAGAGAGUGAUAAAGAAAGAAUGGAAACACGUGAUAGAGAUCGCAAUGAUAACAGAGAUCGCAACGAUAAUAGGGAUCGCAAUGAUAAUAGGGACCGCAAUGAGAAUAGGGAACGUUCUGAUCGCGAAAGAUUCGACCGAGACCGAGACCGUAUGGAUAGAGAUCGUGAUCGGGUGGACCGUGAUCGGAAUGAUCGUGAGAGAGACCGCGAUCGUGACCGUGAUUUUAGAGAACGGGAUCGUGAUUAUGGUCGAGACCGCGACCAAAACAACCCAGGAUUUUCGAAAAACUUCCAGGCUAAUAUACCACCGCGAUUUUUGAAAGCGCAACAAAAUAGACAACAAGAAGAUCACAAAGGUUGGGCAUUUUCUGCAAAACAAGCAGGCGGCAGGCGUCAAGAACCUCAAUCCUACAAUGCCCCGCGUCAUGCACCCCACAACGGCCGCCGUUCUUAUUCACGUGACUAUUCCGAUCGUGAAGAUGACUUCAGAAGAGAUAAAGAUGGACCUGGUCCGCAAUGGCGGUCUGAAAUGCAAGAUUACGAAAGAUCUGGACGUGAAAUGGACAGAUCAAAUUCUAAGGAUUCAUACGACUAUAAAGAUAGGAGAAAUGAAUCUGAUAAAAAAUCAAUAGAAAGCACUAUUGAACCUAGCAGUCGAACUGCUGCCGACAAACUGACGGAGGUAUUUGAAAGAAAGAGUAUAGGACUCGCAGAACCAUUCGCGAAUUCAGAAGUUUCAGGUCAGCCGCUCGCUCCUGAGCGACGUAGUUCGCCACCUUCGAAUCUAUCGCAAAGAGAGUCUGCUGAAAGAGAAUUUGGAAAAACUUCGUGGGCUGAAGUCACUCAAGAGGAGCCUAAUAGUUCCAAUCAGAGGAAAUUAUCAGUUGAAAAAGUUUCAAUGAGUAAAGAUGUUGAACCUGCAUCAAAGGAAGUAAUUGAUCGUGAAAUUAUUAACGAUGAAAGUAAGCGUAGUAACCAACAAACUCUGGCGACUCAUUCACUUCAACCAUCUACCAUCCUGUCAAGUAAUAUAAUUAAUCCGCCAAUAUCCCAGGCACCUAUUCAUAAGGGUCUGAAUAAUAUGAAUACUUCUAAUGUUCAAAAUUUUGGACAAACUCAUCAACCUCAAAUACCUUAUGGUAAUAAUCAAUCACAAGUACCUGUGAGCCAAUCACAAACUGCCUUCACUGAUAACCAAGGUAAACCAGCACCAACUCAAGCACCCCCUAAACAUCAUAACCAAACUGAAUCACAAAAACUAGCCUUACCUGAACAAAUAACUCAACAAACCAUAGUUAAGCCUGUGUUCACAUCCCAGAAGUCUGAAAAAGAUCUAUCAGAGUCUGAAUCAAUAGCAUCUAAGUCAAGUACGGAUCCAUCGAGCUUAGUUGGUAUUAAAGUUAACGAAAGUGGAUAUUCUGCUGAAUCUCUUCAUGGUAGUGCAAACUCCCAAAAACGAUCUGUUGAUGAAAAGAAAAACGAAAGAAUUAGUAAUGAACAGUUGAAUAAGAUUCCUGCUAAAGAGCCAGUGGAACGUAAAUCAAGCGGGUCAGGGUCUGAAAAGAAAAGUAGAGGUUAUGGAGGAGGUGGUUAUGCAGUUUACAGUAGAGGUUGGGGACCGAGGCGACGCUCGCAUCGAAGCUCUCGUUCUAAUAACAGAGCCAGUGAAUCUGACGGCUCGACUGAUGGUGCGCCCAAUCCAGAACGCAAAGAGCGGCGAAGGGCACCUCGUAGUCCUAGAGGUCCUAAAAAUUCGCAUGACAAAUCCGAUGACCCAAAUCGACCAUUACCAGUAGACCAACCUGCCGUUGUAACUGAUGGAAUGGAAAACAGAGAACCAUUUGCGCCACGUGGGCAACCGUCUCGACGUGGUCGAGGAGGAUUCCAGGGCACUUCACGACCUCCUGCCCCGGCAAAAAGGGUAACUGGAUAUGGGCCGCCCAAUACUAAAAGCCCAUUUGGCCAGGCCAAUAGGGCAGUAAAAGAAAAUGAUGAUAUAAAAGAUAAUAUGCUAAUCGAUGAUAAAAUGAAGGGCAACAAUAAACCCAGAGCUGGUUCCACUACAGGAAGGGGUCGUGAUCGACGCCCUAAGGGUGCAGGCCCUCUUAGUGGUGAAGAUGAGAAUUGGGAAACUACAUCUGAACAUUCCGAAGGUGGUGGCACGUCCAGCCAUCGCCGAUCCGUAGCUGGUAGACAACCUGGUCAAUCACAGAAAGGUCAAGGAGGUGGACGUAAUCAAAAUGCCGGAAAUCGUCAGAAUAAUGCUCGCAACCCUCAGGGUUCUAAGAAGGAUGUAGGUGAUAAUAAAACAGGUGAUAUUUCAGAGGCUAUGAAUGAUCUCAAGCUAUCUUCUGGCAAGAAAGAAGACGAAGUCGUGGAUGACGGUUUCCAGGAAGUAAGAAACAAAAAGAAUUCUAAAGAUACUAGAGGUCCCAUCAAAGAAGAUAAUCAACAUUCAGCCAAACAGCCUAGAUCUCAUUCUAAUCAAGGUGGUGGCAGGAAUGGAUCUUCAUCUAGAAACUCUAAUGAUAAAUCAAAUCAACGCGGUUCAGCGCCUGUUUCUAGCAAAUCUAAUCCCCAAUAUGAUCGCCCACGUCAGGCUAACUUGGCACCACGUUUUGUUAAACAAAGACAAAAGCAACAGAUGGGGCUGGUGUCUGGGUUCGGGGGUGAUACAGGCGCGGCGCCUCCACCUCCACCUGUCAAUGCGUGGGAUAAACCUAUAUCUCAAUCAUUGCGGGGGAAUAUAGAGGAACCCACUGAACCGGGAGAUAAUAAGUCUGGUCAGUCGAGUCAACGCAGCUCUCCAGGAGACACUUCCAUUGAAACUAAAGCUCCUGUACAGCCUACUUGCGCUAUUGCUGUGGACAAGAAUAGUGUGCUGGAUGGGGCGACACCACCUGUAGAGACUAUUAUCUUCGAAAAUACAAACUAUAAGACUGCUACACCUGACGAAAACUUACAACAGAAGUAUCAAAUCAAUACUAACAUCCCGAAAACUCAGGCGGAGGAGAUAAAUUCUGAAUUGGAGAAUCGUUCAUUAACAUUUAAUGGAGAAGUAAGACCACGACCCAGAUCUAUCCAAGAACUCAUAUCAGACAGACCAGUAGUAACCGAUGCAGAUGGUACUGGCUUAGGCCUGCAAAUGACGUUUGAUACAUCACAGAAACCUGAAGAUUCAUCUGAUAUGAAGCUUGAUUUUGCAUUUGAUUCUGAUCUUGGACAACUGACAGAAGAUAAGUCUGCAAAAUCUCUUGGCCUGCCACGCGGCGUACAUAUGAGUACAUCAAACACAAUUUCUCCUCUGGCAGCUGAUCUCAAUUUAAAAAUCGCCAGUGUUAAGAAAGUUUGGGAGAUGCCAGCUGUGGCCGAAGGUACGGAAGAUAUACAGUUUGCAGGUUUUGAAGAAAAUAAUACAGAGACUGCUCCACCAAACGUUUGUAAAGUAAAGCCCACGCAGCAAUUACAGUCUCCACCGCCUCAGCAUUACAAUCAUGUUGGCUAUCAAGGUGGAUAUGGAAGUCUGUCCGUCCCGUCCCCGCCAGCAGUGAUGUUCAAUUCGUCGCAGCAACUGUUAAGCUCUUCUCAGCAACUGCCGCAGCAGGGUGGCCUCUACGGGGCUUUCCUAGAUCAAAGCAGGGGCCAGUUCGGCGGCUUUCCUGGCGCUCCAUACGGCGCCGGAUCUGCGGCGCCCUACAACUAUCAACCUCCGCCUGAUAUGUUUCAGAGCUUACCAAAUCAAUAUCGCAUGGCCGCAGCCGCAGGCGGUGGUGCAGCAUUCGGCCAGUCGGGCCAACUGGGUAAUAGUCCCAGUACUGUUCUAAUCUCGAGCACUUCUAAUUCUCUCAUGUCAGCCACUGUCAAGCCUUCCACUCAACAAAUAGGCGCUAUUGGUAGUAAAGGCGGCGCCGUCGGCGGCGUGGGCGGCGUGAGCACGUACCAGCAGCAGUACCUGGGCUACUCGGCGCCCGUGGGCGACGCGCCCUACUCGCUGCCCGGCCUGCUGCCGCGCCCGGCGCCGCCCGCCAGCUCCUACUACUCGCCGUACCAGCCGCCUACCGCGCCUGCGCCCACCUAUCCAUUGCAGUUCACGCAGCCUGCUCAAUCCGGGGCCUUUGGCUCGCAAUUCCUUUCUUCACAACUGCAAGUAGCGGCAGCGGUUCAGCAGAUGCAGCAGCAAUAUCGGGCGCCGUUGCAGCAGCAGUAUGCGCCCCAGCCGCGGCCUCCGCCGCAACAGUUGAAGAGCCCGCUGCACGAGCACGCCAACGGGUUCGCCCCGCUGUGCGAGGCGGCCUCGCCCACGCCCAAGGGAGCCAACAAGCCGCAGAAGCCGCCGCACUCCCCGCCGCAGCACAAGUACCACGCGCCGCCGCCGCACGCCCAGCACGCGCAGCAUCCGCAACACCCGCAGCAUCCGCCGCCCGCUCACACGCCUCACCAGCACCACCAACAACAGAUGGUGAGCGGAGGCAACAACGGGCGCUGCGGAGGCGGCGGCGGCGGCGGCAUGGCGCGCGGCGGCAUGGUGGCGCCGCGCUACCCCGCGCCCAUCGGGCAGCGGCCGCACGCGCCCGCGCACGCGCUGUACCGCGCGCCGCCCGCCGCGCCCGCGCCGCGCCCGCACCACGCGCACCACGCGCCGCGCCCCAACCUCUACUACCACCAGCACCAGCGCAACGGCGGCGGCGGCGAGCGCGCGCCGGAGAGCGUCGAGGCGGCGGCGGGCGGCGACGAGCCCGGCGAGCCCGCGGCCGUGGCGGACGCGCCCGCGCCCGCCGAGGUCAAGGCGGAGUGAAGGGCGCGCGGCCCGCCUCGCGACCAGCCCCGUGCCGCCCCGUGCCGCCGCACGGAGACUAAAGCGCGCCGAUCCCGCGCGCGGCGUAUGCUACUCGACUUCGCCGAUUUUAGAUUUUCGGUAUAUUAAUUAGGACGUAAAUUAUGGAAGUGAUUCUGAGCCGUUCGACUCGCGGCGUCGCCCCCGGCCCGCCGUCGAGUCAGCCGCGACGACGCGCGGCGCGUUCUGUUCGUAUGUAAAUAUGUCGAUCGGACGGCCAUCCGACUCCUUGACUGUUAUAUUUAAGUAUAUAUAGACGCGACCGGUCGGCGGCUCCGCUGCGACGACCGGAGUUCCCCGAGGACCGCGCGUCCUCGUCCGAUGCUGCCUCGAGACACCUCUCAUUAGUGAAUAUGUAGCUACGGUUUUUGCAGACCUAAUGUCGAUGCGAUGUAACCGAAUAAUAAAUAUAAUUUGGAGCGCAGACGACCGAGUGCCGCUCGGCGCGUCUGCCGAUCGACGCGGGUUAACGCUCCAUGUAUCAUAAUCAAUUAAUAUUAUAUGCGAAUAAAAUUAUUAUGACCGAA